GCGGGGUUGCUGACGAGCCCCGCUUCCUGGCAGAAUUCCGCUGCACAAGUUCAAGUCCAUCCGCCGGACCAUGUCGGAGGUGGGCGGCCCCGUGGAGGGCCUGAUCGCCCAGGGCCCCACCACCAAGUACGCCCAGGGGGCGCCCGCUGUGGCCGGGGGGCCCAUUCCCGAGAUGCUCAAGAACUACAUGGACGUGAGUGUGGGGAGCGCCAGCGGCUGUGCUGGACGAGGCCGCUGCCCUGUGCAGGUGCCCUGCCAGUCCGCCGAGGCCGGCGUGGGCGGCGUCAGGGUGGAGCGGCAGACCUUCGGGGAGGCCACCAAGCAGCCGGGCAUCACCUUCAUCGCGGCCAAGUUCGACGGCAUCCUGGGCAUGGCCUACCCGCUCAUCUCCGUCAACAACGUGGUGCCCGUGUUCGACAACCUGAUGGCGCAGAAGCUGGUGGAGAAGAACAUCUUCUCCUUCUACCUCAACAGGGACCCGAACGCACAGCCCGGGGGUGAGCUGAUGCUGGGGGGCACUGACCCCAAGUUCUUCACGGGCCCCAUGAUGUACCACAACGUCACCCGCAAGGCCUACUGGCAGAUCCACAUGGACCAGCUGGAGGUGGGCAGCGGCCUGACCCUGUGCAAGGGGGGCUGUGAGGCCAUCGUGGACACGGGCACGUCCCUGGUGGUGGGCCCUGUGGACGAGGUGACGGAGCUGCAGAAGGCCAUCGGGGCCCUGCCCCUGAUCCAGGGCGAGUACAUGAUCCCCUGCGAGAAGGUGCCCAGCCUGCCCGAGGUCGUCCUGAAAAUCGGGGGCCAGCAGUAUACUCUGUCCUCCAACGAUUACACGCUCAAGGUGUCCCAGGGUGGGAAAACCAUUUGCCUGAGCGGCUUCAUGGGCAUGGACAUCCCCCCGCCGGGCGGGCCCCUCUGGAUCCUGGGCGACGUCUUCAUCGGCCGCUACUACACCGUGUUCGACCGGGAGGAGAACCGGGUGGGCCUGGCCCAGGCCGCCAAGUUGUAGCCGCCGCCCAGUCGCGAGGAUGGGGACCCCCCCCCCGCACAUCACCUGUCUCACACACACACACUCGCCGCACCUGGCGGGCUUUCUGGACGCUGCUGGCCCCAGCAGCCUGCAGCUCUGUCCUGCGGCCUCCCCUCCUGGCCCCGGAGCCGUCUGUCCAGGGGCCGGCUUGGGGCUCGCGAGCCGGAGGACCCAGGGCGGACUGUGCACCCCUCCCGCCCUGUCUCUCCCCCUUUCGGCUCCUCCUGGACCUGGGAUCCCCCUUGUCUGUCCCAGGCGUUGGCCAUGGGGCUGGCUGCAGAGGACAGCGGAGGACAGCAGGGAGGAGCCGGGGCUUGUGGGAUCUUCUUGGGGCCUGACCUGUCCAGGGUGCCCAGCAGUGUGGGCAGGGCGUGGCGCCGUCCUCUGCGGCUGCUCCUGGGGCUGCCGGAGCCAAAGUCGACAUCAAAUACAGCAGUUCGGCCUGUC